CCUCGGGUGUAGCUAAGUCCUGCGCCCAGCAAUGUGGGUGCAGUGAGUUGAAUGGUGCUGGAAGCCUAGGAGAAGCUCCCCAGGACAAAAGGGUGGCGAGUUUAUAAUGCACGGUGUUGGCCCUACUGGGUUACCAACCCCGUGGAGAUGGUAGGGCCGGUGCAUUAUCUAUCGUCCUAGCGACUCGUCUCAGGGCAUUGACGGGACACCCCUUUGCCCGGGCUGCAGAGCGAAGCGCUCGGGCCAGGGGUCUCGCGGGCUGAGCUGCUCGCCCGGGCGCGGGGUGGCGGAGCGCGCCUGGCCUGGGCUCGGCUCUGCUCUGCUCGUCAAAGGACGCGAUCCCGCUCUCGUCGCCUUGGCCGGGGAGCUGCAGGUGGCAGCAGAGGAAGGGGGCCCGCCCGCGGUCACUCUCCUGCCCCCAGCCGCGUGGGAAGGGAGAAGGGACCAGCCGCGGAAAUCCCCGGUUUGGACGACGUAGGGGGGAGGAGCUGGCUCAGCCCAGGCACGGCUCAGCAGCUGUUUCACCGCUUCUCCGUCUGCCACUCGCCGAGGGACCAGUGCCUGCGCCUCCCGCCGAGUCCCCGAGGCUGCCCGAGCAGCGCCCCGCGCCGGGAUGGAGCUAAGAAGUUCUGGACUUUGGUUACUGUUUCUUUGUGCUCUGGGAUGCGUUACUGCAGAGGAAGAUAAGAAAGUUAUCAGCACAAUAGGCAGCACUGCUGAACUGAGUUGCAUUUAUACUCCAGAGAAAAAAUUCAUUUUAAAUAAGCUACGGGUCUUUUGGCAAAUAGCAGAUGGUUCAAAACCAUGUUCAGUGGUACACACCUUUAAUUCUGGUCAUGAGAACCAAAGCGAGCAGUGUGCAGACUUCAGAAACAGGACUCGAUUAUUUCAGGAUAAGCUGGAAAAUGGCAUUUUUUCUCUGCUGCUGCUAAACGUCAGCCUAAGAGAUGAACACACAUACCGGUGCAUAGUACAGAAAAAGGACGUGGUUUUCAGGGUUAUUCACAAUGCAGAUGUGGCCCUCAAGGUAGCAGCCAAUAACAGCCUGCCAGUACUAAGUGGACCUAUAAGAAUCCACCCAAAUAUUGGAGAAGAGGUGACAUUAAGUUGCAACUAUAGCCAAGGAUACCCAAAGCCAAACAUUUACUGGAUAAAUAGAACAGACAACAGCUCCCUCCAUCCAUCAUCAUUAAAGAUCAUCCAAGACAAUGAUGGCACAUACAGUGUUUUCAGCACACUGAAGAUUGAAGCGAAUUCUGAUAUAAAAAUAGGAUGCAUCAUAGAAAAUGAACUACUACAGCAAAAUCUAACUAUCCUCUACUCGGAAAACGUCACAAACUCUAACUCGACCAGAAGCAAUCUGUUAGAUCUAAAUGAACCAGGAGCUCAGGCUGGAGGUGUCCUUGCCAUUGCCAUUGUGUUAGCUGGUCUAGCUGUUUUAACCUGCUGGCUGUGGAAAAGGAAAUUCCGUCACCGGAGAUCAUAUGCCGAUGUUCAACAAAAUGAAGAUGGAGCACAGCAGAAUACACAUGUUUAAAUGGAAAAUUCUCAGAGAAUUUGGGCAGCUAGUGAUGUACCAAGAGAAUGGUGAAGCUAAGGACACUAUGUUGAAGCCAAGGACGGCAGCAUUAUCUGCAACAUGAAUGACAUAGUGUUUCCAGAGCGUGGGCCAAGACAAAUGGCAAAAACCUUCUCUGACAGAGGAGAGAGCAAAAUCCAACUGCUUUGGUCUGCCACUUCUAAUCAGCCCUUGUGCUGGUUUCAAAACACUCUUCAAAACACCUGUAUGAGCGAAAGGUGCAGUCGUACCCAGAUGCGAAGCAUUGCUUCAGGAAUGAAAGACUGCCAACUGUUAUUUUAUCAGUCUAAGAAUUCCCUACUAGACUGAGAUAAGCAACUGUGUUUCAGCAGUGCUGACAAUUCUCUCUGUCUUUCAGACUUUUCAUAACGAUUACCGAACAUGAAAAAUGGCAGCUAGGCAAGUGAAAACUGCAAGACUUUGUGUAGAGCAAA